UCAAACUCAUUAUCAUAUUUAUACAAGCUCUGAGGAUCGGCUUCAAAAAUCUCAGCUAUUUGCGAAACUAUCGAAAUGGUUUUUUGGCUCAAUAUUCUUGGCUGGUUACUUUCCGUCGUAACUAUUGUGGGAAACGGAUUUGUAGUCGGCCUUGUCUCCAAGAAUCGUCAACUUCAUUCCUCGGCAAAUUGGUUCGUCCUUUCCUUGGCAGUGGCCGACUUAACGAUCGGAUUUGCCGUCUUUCCGUUACAAUAUCUUUGUAUCGAGAAAAUAAAGUGCGACUCCUUCGUGACCACGCCAAUGUUUUGGUUCUUUCUUCACUCGUCAGUUACCAAUCUCUGUACAUUGACUUGGGAUCGCUAUAUCGCCAUAGUUCACCCUUUUAGGUAUACUAACUUCAUAACCAAAAGACACCCUGGAUUGGUCAUCACAGCAGCUUGGUUGAUUCCCUUUGCGAUUUCACUAUCACUAUUGGUGGGGAUGUACGCAACAGACUCCACAACUGCAUGGAAAAUUCUACGUCUAACAGGCGUCUCUGUCUUUGACAUGAUAUCCUGCAUGCUGCUUCUUUAUGCUGUGGUUCGUAUCUUAGUUGUAGCUCGCGCCCAAGCCAAAAUAUCUAACGCGAUUCAACUACAACUUCAGUCUAACCAAUCUAGUGAAGUUACAGGAACAGUUCGUAAACGCAAAAGAUCCAACGCAGCUGGCUUCGUAGUGGCCAUAGUCGUGUUCUUCCUAGGAUGUUAUGCACUUGUAAAUUACUUAAUUUUAUGCUUCACAUUUUCUUGCAAAGUUCCGGGCAAAGCUGGUCAGAUUCUUAAUGUUCUUCUUGUUUUGAAUUCCGCUGCGAAUCCUGUUGUUUAUGCGUUUUGUAAGAAUGACAUUAAAACGCACAUGAAAAAGCUUUUUUGUAACUGGAAUAAGGACCAAGGGGAAAGUCGUGUGUAAGAAGUUCCCCCGUGGUAAGAUUCUGUGCGUCCAUCGUUUUCAAGUAUCCAUUUACAUUUUUCAAUUUUUUUUUUGAGACGAGCGGUGUUAUUUUCAAUAAUAUGCUUCUAUUGAAGACUUGUGUGAAAUCACUUAAAAUAGGUAUCAUAUGAUGAGUUGAAUUCACGCCAGUGUGGUUUAUUAUUACAAUUAGAUAACUCUCGAUGGGACGUAGUUAAAAACGGAAACAACUGAUAAACUGAAAUUUUUGUUUCACGCGCGAACUUUAUUUAAAUCGAUGUUUCCCACGGCAGAUUUCACUGACAAAACAGA